GCAUGCCUUUUGAUUCGUAACUUGACAUGGUGGAUAGGAGUUUGCCAGCUAGAGAGGCUACUUUGAGGUGUCUUAAGUUCUAUUUGGGGAGGGCUCAGAAUAGGAUGAAAUCACAUACUGACAAAGGUAGAACUGAUAUAUCAUAUACAGUUGGUGAUUGGGUCUACAUCAAGCUACAAUCUUAUAUGUAGUUGUUUGGACCCUUUUCAGAUUAUAGCCAUGGUUGGCUCAGUUGCUUAUACUCUAGAGUUGCCUGCUGAUUCUAAGAUCACCCUACCUUUCUCAUUUCUCAACUCAAGAAAAAGUUGGGAUCUCACAUUGCUAUUGUUACAUUGCCUGAGGUUCAUUUUGAUGUUGGUCAUGUCCUAUUAAUACCUCAGGCUAUCUUGGAUAGAAGAUUGGUCAAGAAGCAUGGCAAGCCGGCUACUGAGUUGUUGGUGAAAUGGCUCAACACUGCUGAAGAAGACAACACCUGAAAAGAGUAUCAGUCUUUUACCCUCCAGUUUCCCCAAUUUAAUCGUUGAGGUCAGGGACUAUCCAAAGGGGGAGUACUGUUACAUGUCAAUUGAAAGAUGUAUUCUUCAUAUAUUCUCAAUUUGUAAUGUCCAUAAUAUAGUUGAUUUAGCUGUUAGAUUGCAAAAUUGGGUCAGUCACAUGACUGGUUAAAAGUUUGUUAAGAGUCAAUAGGCGUACAUUUGACUAGUCACUAUUACUCGUUCUAUUUUCUCUCUAUGUCCUAUAUUCAACUCCUUAGGCAAUGCACAAACUCAAAGUCCCUCCUCAAUGGCAAGGCACUCCAUGCACAACUACUCAAAUUUGGGUACCAAAAUGCAGGCAUUUUCACAAACAAUCACUUACUCACAAUGUACUUAAAACUCAACCAGCUCAAUGAUGCCCAACAACUGUUCGACAAAAUGCCUGAACGAAACAUCAUUUCUUGGACGACGUUAAUUUCCACCUAUGCGCAAUUGGGUAUGUCCGAAAAAUCUUUGGGGUGCUUUAGGUCGAUGAUUCUUGAAGAUGGGUUCGCUCCGAAUGGUUAUACAUAUGUAGCUGCUUUAUCAUGUUGUACUAGUUUAGGUGAUGAAAGAAUAGGGAAGGAGUUACAUGGGAGGUUGUGUAGAACUGAAGGAAGUUUGAAUAAUUUUGUGAGUAAUUGUUUGGUUAACUUUUAUGGGAAACGUGGGUUGUUGAAAUCAGCUAGGAUAGUUUUUGAUGGGAUUUUGGAGCCUGAUGAGGUUACUUGGGCUUCUUUAAUUUCUUGUUAUUUUCAUUGUGGGGAGUAUGAGAAAGGAUUGGACAUGUCCGUGUUGGCGUUGAGGGGAGGACUGAUAGUGAAUGAGUUUUUGUGUGGGAGUGUUUUGGGUGCUUGUGCUGUGAUAAAAAGUUUGCAACUUGGGAUGCAAAUUCAUGGCUUGGUUGUUAAGUUUGGUUUUGGGAUGGAUCAGUUUGUGUUGGCUGGUUUGAUUAAUUUUUACGUUAAAUGUGGUCGAUUGGACUUGGCACGUCUAGCUUUUGAUGAGGCGGAUGGAGUGGAGUUGCAUGCUUGGACUGCGAUGAUUGGAGGGUGUGUGCAGUUAGGGAGUGGAAGAGAGGCUAUUAAACUUUUUUGCAAGUUGCUUUCGUCUGGCUUGAAACCAAGUGAGAGAACGUUUUCAUCAGUUCUUGGAGCUUUUGCUGAUGUAAAAGAAGUUAGAGCUGGGAAACUGAUUCAUUGCCGAGUUGUAAAAUUGGGAUUCGACUCAUUUAGUUUCGUACGCAAUGCUUUGUUGGACUUUUACUCCAAAGGUGACCUGUUUGAGGAAUCAUUAAAACUCUUCCAAGAAAUGAAAGAACGUGAUGUUGUUAGCUGGAAUACGCUUAUUGCUGGAUGUGUGAGCUCAGGUCGGUAUGAAGACGCUAUGAGAUUUCUCAGGGAGAUGUUGCUUGAGGGUUUCGAACCGAGUCUAUACACAUACUCUAGCAUUUUGAGUAUAUGUGGAGAUUUACCAGCUAUUGAAUGGGGCAAACAAACACAUUCCCGCGUACUGAAGUCUAGAUUUGAUUCCAAUGUGGUUGUUGACAGCUCCCUCGUUGAUAUGUAUGCUAAAUGUGGACGACUUGGUUAUGCAUGUAGAGUUUUUGACAUCCUUCCUGCGAGAAACUUGGUAUCUUGGAACAGCAUGAUUGUAGGAUAUUCCCAACACGGGUUUGGAACAGAAGCUUUAGAAAUUUAUGAUAUGAUGCAGAGCAAUGGGGUCAAACCUAACGAUAUCACAUUUCUUGGAGUGUUAUCUGCCUGUGGACACGUUGGACUUUUAGAUGAGGGACUUCAACACUUUACUAGCAUGACUAAGGUGCACGGAAUCAUUCCAAGGACAGAUCACUUGGCUUGUAUCGUCAGUCUAUUUGCACGCAAAGGAAAAACGAAAGAAGCUUAUGGUUUUAUAAAGAGCUUUUCAGGGGAACCAAAUAAGGUAGUGUGGCGUUGCCUCUUGUCUGGUUGCAAAGCUAACAGAGACUUCAUAUUGGCAAAAUAUGCUGCUGAAAAGAUUCUAGAUAUCGAUCCAGAUGAUACUUCAGCUUACAUCGUAUUGGCAAACAUUUACGCUGAGCUACAAAUGUGGGAUGAAACAGCCAAGAUUAGAAAGCUGACCAAGGAGAAGGCAUUAAAGAAGGAAACUGGACAUAGUUGGAUUGAAUUACAGAAUAAAAUGUACACAUUCUCUGCAUGUCAUAUCAAGUCUCUUCAAGAAAGUAAUCUGCAGCAUAUUUUGACUGGUUUGACGACCCAAUUGUUAGAUUCAGGCUAUGUCCCUGAUCUCAUGUUUUUGUUGAAUUUUGAGGAGUAAGUAUAAAAGAGUGAAGAAUCUUCAUCCGUGCUUGGAUAACUCGUUGUCAAACUAGAAUGAACUGACAAUGAUUUAAAAAAAAAAAAAGACAGUUCAAUCAGAGGAAGUUCUUGGUUGAAAUAUCAUUAGGUCAACAAGGUUAACUCCAUGACUUCAAUAUGUGUCUAGCAAACUCAGUCCAAAGUUCGAAUAGAAGAGAAGGAUUACAGCCAGUUGACAAGCAGAAUGGAGAUAUUCUAAGUAUGACGAUCCUCUUUAUAGAUGCAAGAGGAUUCAUUUAAUCGAUCCCAACUAGUUUGCUAUUAAGACAUAGUUACUAUUGAGAGGUUAACAAACAGGGAAAACUUGAUCUAAUCCAAAAAUGAUUAGAUUGAUGGAAUUUGGCAUGAUAUCAAUAAUAUAUUCCAAUCUUUCAUCUCA